AUGCCUCAACAGCCUAUGUUGUUCUGUGAGAUAUUUGAUGUAUGGGGCAUUGACUUUAUGGGACCGUUUUCCAACUCCAGUGGGUAUCUGUAUAUCCUGUUAGAGGUUGACUACAUGUCAAAUUGGGUAGAAGCAAUACCUACCCGCCUUAACGUCGUCAAUACCGUCAUUUCUUUUAUCAGAAACUAUAUUGUGUGCCGUUAUGGGUCGCCACGAGCAAUCGUGAGCGACCAAGGAUCCCACUUUUGUAAUAGGAAGAUAGAGGCACUGCUCAAGUGCUAUGGAGUGUCCAACUGGGAGAUUAAGAGAAUCCUGGAGAAAGUAGUCAAUCCGCAAAGGAAGGAUUGGAGCCUCCAGUUAGGAGUUGCACUAUGGGCGUACAGAAUGGCCUAUAAGACUCCAUUAGGUAUGAGUCCCAUCCGGAUCGUCUAUGGUAAGGCAUGCCACCUUCUGGUGGAAAUUGAGCACAAAGCCUAUUGGGCAGUAAAGCGGUGCAACAUGGAUUUAACCCAAGCCGGAGUAGCCAGAAAAUUGCAGCUAGAGGAGCUCGAGUGUUUGAGGAACAAAGCGCAUGAGAAUGCCCGGAUUUACAAAGAAAAGACUAAAGCAUUUCAUGACCAUCAUAUCCGGAAGAAAGACUUUCAAGAAGGUGAUGAGGUUUUCCUCUACAAUUCGAGGCUUCGUUUCAUGUUUGGCAAGCUCCGUUCUAGAUGGGAAUGA